AUGAAAGCAGUAAGAAUUCAUGCAACUGGUGGACCAAAACAAUUGGUCUAUGAAGAUAUUCCAGUGCCAACAGUUAAGCCAAACGAAGUUUUAGUUCAGAACGAAUGUAUCGGUGUCAACUUUAUUGAUACCUAUCAUAGAAGUGGAUUGUACAAGUUGGAACUUCCUGCUAUUCUCGGUCGUGAAGGUUCCGGUAAGGUUGUCGCUGUCGGUGAACAAGCUACCAAUCUCAAGAUCGGCGAUAGAGUUACCUAUUUCAGUCCAAACUCGUACGCACAAUUCACAUCUGUGCCACAACACAACAUAUACGUACUACCGGAUGGAAUCGACUAUGAAACCGCUGCUGCUUACACUCUUCAAGGUCUAACCGCUCACUACUUGGUGCGAUCGACCUUUGCUUUGAAAUCGGGUGAUACCUGUUUGAUUCAAGCCGGUGCCGGUGGUCUCGGACAAGCUCUCAUCCAAAUGGCAAAGAUCAUUGGUGCACAUGUCAUCACCACCGUCUCGACACCAGAGAAAGAACAGCUGGUGCGUAAUCUCGGUGCAGACUAUGUCAUUAACUAUCGCGAUGUUCCAGAGUUCAGCGGAAAGGUACGUGAACUCACCAAUGGCAAGGGUGUAGAUGUUGUCUACGACGGUGUCGGUGCUUCCACCUGGAUGCAAUCGUUGAAAUCUCUUCGUCCACUUGGAUAUCUUUGUUUGGUCGGUAACGCUUCCGGACCGGUUCCACCCAUCGAUCCAUUGCUCUUGAGUGCCAAUGGCUCUGUAUUCAUCACACGUCCAACACUCGCUGACUACAUUCGUCAAUCGGGUGAAAUGCAAUCGCGUUGCAAAGAGAUAUUCCAAUGGAUUGCCGAUGGCAAACUCAAACUUUCGUCAAAGACCUCCUACCCAUUGGAAAGAGUUUCCGAAGCUCAUGAAGCAUUGGAAGGUCGUACUUCUAUUGGCAAAAAUUUUAUUACAACCACCAAAAUAAAAAAAAAAAAGUCAAUUAUUAUUCAAUUAAUAUAA